AAUGUCAGUGUGACAUUACGUAAUGGCUGAUGGCUGAAACUUGGUAGUUUAUCUGUCUCAAAAAUCAUUAAUAAUUCCCCUAACCUGUUAUACAAUGGCUUUGCCGGUUCGGAUUUUAUCUCGUUGCAAAGAUGGCUUAAAGCUUGGCAACAUUAGAUAUUCAAGUAACACACCAUACACACAGACUCGGAAAAACUUGGCACUAACAAGUGAGACCAAAGUCAUUGUGCAGGGCUUCACUGGCAAACAGGGUACUUUCCACAGCCAACAAGCCCUUGAUUAUGGAACUAAAAUUGUUGGUGGUGUGUCACCAAAAAAAGCUGGUACAGAACAUCUAGGAAAACCAGUGUUUGGAACUGUAAAGGAAGCAAAGGAUAAGACUGGAGCAGAGGCGAGUGUAAUCUAUGUCCCACCUCCGGGAGCUGCCGCAGCAAUUUUAGAAGCCAUUGAGGCAGAAGUACCUCUCAUUGUGUGCAUCACUGAAGGAGUACCACAACAUGACAUGGUGCGUGUAAAACAUGCACUACUUCGUCAGAACAAGUCAAGGUUGGUGGGUCCCAACUGCCCUGGAAUUAUUGCACCUGAGAAGUGCAAAAUCGGUAUCAUGCCGGCUGCCGUACACAAGAAAGGCUGUAUCGGCGUUGUGUCUCGAUCUGGUACAUUAACGUACGAAGCUUGCCAUCAAACUACUAUAACUGGCCUGGGCCAAACGCUUUGCGUGGGUAUUGGAGGUGAUCCGUUUAACGGUACAGACUUUAUCGACUGCCUGGAGGUGUUCCUGAACGAUCCGGAGACAAAGGGAAUCAUCCUCAUCGGUGAAAUCGGAGGAAACGCUGAGGAACUCGCGUCUGAAUAUUUGAUUCAGAAUAACACUAGCAAGGGUCAGAAGGCCAAGCCCGUGGUGUCGUUUAUUGCUGGUCUGACGGCGCCUCCGGGAAGGCGGAUGGGCCACGCGGGGGCCAUUAUCUCUGGCGGCAAGGGAGGCGCCAUGGAUAAGAUUAAAGCGCUCGAGAAGGCGAAUGUGAUCGUCACACGCUCCCCAGCGAAAAUGGGCGUCGAAUUAUUCAAGGAAAUGAAACGAUUAGAAAUUGUCUAAGUCCGCGAACAGUUUACACGCUAUUGUCCAUUUACUUUGUAUAGACUUUUUAGUAAUUAUACACAAAAUAUUAUUUAUUAUCUACCGUUGUUUCAGUUGGCGAGUUACGAUGUAUUUUGGAUUGUUGUGCGAACUUGAUGCUUAUUACAUAUGGGCGUAGCCAGUAUGAUAUACCACGAUGGGCAGAGUGUAAUUUAGCUUUGUUUAUUGUUGAAUGACUUUUGUAUUUAAAUUAAAAUCCGGAACCGUUUUUGUUACACGCAACGGUAAGGUUUCGAGUCAACUGAAGUUUGUAGUUAUAUUAAUCCGAAAUAUUACAAAUAGCCAGUCCUUUUUUUUAUGGACCUAGUUAAAGUCCAGGAUAUUAUUAAUAAACGUAGCAUAACGUCGCAGUUGUAACGCAAUGUUUUGCCACACUUCAACUAUCGACAUCUUUAAAAUGGCAGAGCGUGAAAAAACAAUAUAUAAGCAUACCGACAUUAUACCACGUUUAUUAAGAAUGUCGUUUUAUUACAUAUUGCGAUAUUUGAUACGUUAGUUAGUAUGCAAGAUAAGUUUGCGUGAACGCCUCAUCUGUCAAAACUAUGACUGCUGUUUCUUGUAAAGACUAAGUGACUGUUUUAUUUUAUCGUACAUGCCUUUAUAGGCCCCCCUUCCCCGCCGAGUAAAAAUGCUAACCUUACAAUUAAGAACUUAGUACCCCAUCUGGUUACACCCAUGUAAUAUUUGGAAAUUUAUAUUAUCAUGUGUUCAAAAUCUCAUAUUAUAAAGCACGGUUUAACCAAAAAGCACUCAAUUGUAUGUUGUUAAAUGUAAGUGAUAAUCUGAUAAAAAUAUCCACUCCUAUAUGCUGCCAUACAAUAUUGAUUGUGUGGAACGCUUGAAUUGUUGUAUUUUUAAAUAUAAUGUGUAUAUUCUAAUCAUGCAUAAAGCCUAAUAAGACCUAUUUCAACUUUAUUGAUGUGAAAUAAAAAACAAUUAUUAGA